CACCAAGAAGCAUUGUAAUAAAAAAACAAAGCUAACUAACAAGUAGCUAUGAAAACAAAAACAAAAACAAACAUAGUCCACCACUCCACCGCUAAAAAGUCUAAGUCCUAAUAAUAUAAAGUCCAAAUCCCUCUUUUCCCUUCAAUUCCCAAUUCCCAAUUCCCAAUUUCUCAUCCCCCAAAUUAGGGCUCCCUGCUCUCUUCCCAAAUCGAUCAGAGCUUGGACCCAUGUCUCUGAACUCUCCAUUCAAGCACAGACUACUGUCAAUACUGCUCUGCGUUUUGGGUCUUGGAUUCGGGUUCGGGUCGGAUGCUCUGAAGUUGCCGUUUCGGGUCAACGAUGUUCUACCCGUUUUGCCUCACCAGAUUUCGUGGCCGGUGCUGAACAACUUUCACAGCGCCGUUGAUUUGUUGCCCGCUUUUGUGGGAUCGGUGAGCCCCAACAAUGGCACCCUUGAGUGGAAAGGCGCGUGCUUUUAUGGCAACGAGGCUCGCCUUGAGUUCACCGAGAGCGAUAGGGACGAAGCCACUUUGGGUGGCGGUGUUCUUUAUCUAAAGACUUCUGCAGCGCACAGUUGGACCUGCAUGGAUCUCUAUGUAUUUGCAACACCCUACAGGAUUACAUGGGAUUACUACUUCUCUGCUCGAGAACAUACAUUGAAAUUUGACUCAUGGGAAGAGCCUGCAGAGUUGGAAUAUGUUAAGCAGCACGGGGUUUCUGUAUUUCUCAUGCCAUCAGGAAUGCUGGGGACCUUGCUUUCAUUAGUAGAUGUAUUGCCUUUGUUUUCGAAUACAGGGUGGGGUCAAAAUGCUAACUUAGCUUUUCUGAAGAACCAUAUGGGUGCCUCAUUUGAAAAACGUCCUCAGCCUUGGCUUGCAACUAUAAAUCCUGAUGAUGUUCAUUCUGGUGAUUUCUUAGCUGUAUCAAAGAUCCGUGGUCGGUGGGGUGGAUUCGAGACAUUAGAAAAAUGGGUAACUGGUGCUUUUGCUGGUCAUACUGCUGUCUGCUUGAAGGAUGAGAUGGGAAAUCUUUGGGUUGGUGAAUCUGGACAUGAGAAUGAAAAGGGUGAAGAAAUUAUAGUGGUAAUUCCAUGGGAUGAAUGGUGGGAGUUGGCACUGAAGGAUAGUUCUAAUCCACAAAUAGCCUUGCUUCCCUUGCAUCCUGACUUGCGUGCAAAAUUCAACUCCACUGCAGCAUGGGAGUAUGCUAGGAGCAUGGCAGGCAAGCCAUAUGGUUAUCACAACAUGAUAUUUAGUUGGAUUGACACUAUCUCUGACAACUAUCCUCCACCUCUUGAUGCUCACUUGGUCAUUUCUGUCAUGUCUAUGUGGACUAGAUUGCAGCCAGCAUAUGCUGCAAAUAUGUGGAAUGAAGCUCUAAACAAGCGGCUAGGGACUGAGGAUUUGGACUUGCAUGAUAUUUUAGCUGAAACUGAAAAGCGUGGCAUAUCAUUUGAUCAAUUGCUUACUAUUCCAGAACAAGAUGAUUGGGUGUAUAGUGAUGGGAAAUCAACAACCUGCGUUGCAUUUAUCCUUGCUAUGUAUAAAGAGGCUGGAAUUUUUGGCCCCAUUUCAAACUCUAUUCAAGUAACUGAGUUCACUAUUCGCGAUGCUUAUAUGCUUAAGAUUUAUGAGGAUAACCAAACACGCCUACCAAAGUGGUGCAACGAUGAGGAUGGGCGGCUCCCAUUCUGCCAGAUUCUUGGUGAAUACUGGAUGGAACUGCCUCAGUAUAACACACUAGAGCCAUAUGCCAACAUGAAUGAGAACUGCCCCACCUUACCCCCUAUUUAUGAUAGGCCCAUUCGAUGCUAAGUUGAAAUUCAAUGUAUGUAUUUGUAUUAUUGUUGUUCCUCGAAGAUGCAUUUAAGCUGCUUUUAUACAUGUAUGACAUUUUUACAUAGCUGCAAAUAUGUUUAUCCAAAUAUCCUUAGAAUAUGUGGGGAUGAAACUCACUCACCUGAAAAAUUCAAUAAUUGUAUAUAUCUAUUACUAGAGUUAAAAAAACAUUUUUAGUUGAUGUUUGUAAUCUGUAAA